AUCCUGGAUCAACAUGGCCGAUACGAUAACAGAAGAACAAAUUGCAGAAUUCAAGGAAGCGUUUUCGUUAUUCGACAAAGAUAACGAUGGCACCAUAACAACCAAAGAACUGGGCACAGUCAUGCGGUCGUUAGGACAGAACCCGACAGAUAGCGAAGUACAAGACAUGGUAAACGAGGUGGAUGCGGACGGAAACGGGACCAUCGACUUCUCUGAAUUCAUCACUAUGAUGGCCCGUAAAAUGCACGAAACAGACGCUGAAGAAGAGAUCCGCGAAUCAUUCCGCGUCUUUGACAAAAAUGGCGACGGUUACAUCUGCAAGGCGGAGUUACGUCACGUUAUGACGAACCUGGGUGAAAAAUUGACCGACGAAGAAGUGGACGAAAUGAUUCGUGAAGCCGACAUCGAUGGUGAUGGGAAGGUAAAUUAUGAAGAAUUCGUUAAAAUGAUGACCUCUAAGUAAUCAUGAUGAUUCGUACUGAAUCCCCGUAAGCAUCUGAAGAAGUCUUCCGAUAUAACAAUAGUUAUAGUUACUUGUGAGCCAAUACGGUAUUGAGUUGGGGAAAUGUUCGGCUAUGAUCUGACAUCCGGGACUAUAGGAAACGCACAUGAAAUGCACACAAAUGGUUAUAUAUAGUAUUUGUGUCGUAAACAAUCAAUCUAUCUUUAUUUAAUUUUAUUCUAAAUAGUUAUUGGAUUAUUAGAUGAUGAAAAUUAGUUCCAAAGACAAACGAAAUAAAAAUGGCGAAUGAUAAUAUUA